GGCGGAAAGAGGCGAGCCCGCAACAGCAGUUCAUUGUAUUCGCACUUUGUCAAAGCUGAAAGGACGGAGUGAUAACGAGAAGGAACAGAGAGAGAGAGAGAGAGCCUUUCCCCAGUUUCUCUGCAUGUGACACCAUUGCCCCAGCAUAUACUUCUCAAUCUGACUCGUCAUGAAUAGAAAUAUCGCGCCUUCUCACUUGUUCUUUCCUGUGCUGCUUUUCGCAACAGAUUUUCGAUUCAGCAUGACAGAUGAAAAAAGUAUUCCAAUUUGCAGAGAGUCGGAUUACUACUAUAAAUACACAGAGUGUGAUAGUCGUGGCUCCAGGUGGAGAGUUGCUGUGCCUCAUGUCCCAGGAAGUUGCAUAGGACUGCCAGACCCAGUCAACGGCACAGCUUGCUCUUUCUCCUGUGGAGCUGGUCAGUUCUUAGACAUGAAGGAGCAAUUGUGCAGAGACUGCAUUGCUGGCACUUAUUCCCUCGGCACAGGCAUUGAAUUCAAUGAAUGGGGUACAGUUCCACAAGGAUUUGUUAACUCAGGAGUAGCUCAAGACACAUCAGAUGAAGACUCAACUGACAACUGUACUAUGUCAAAGUGGACUCCUCAAGGUGACUUCAUAGCUUCAAACAAUGAUGAGUGCACAGCUGUCCUGAUGUACGCAGUGAACCUGAAGCAGUCUGGCAUGGUUUCAUUUGAAUAUCUGUACCCAGACACAGGAAUAUUCUUUGAAUUCUUUGUCCAGAAUGAUCAGUGUCAACCAACAGACAAUGAAGAUAAAUGGAUGAGAAAAACAGAAAGAAAUCAGUGGAAUCUUCAUACAGUAAACUUGAAUCGUGGUAAUAAUGUCUUUUAUUGGCAAACAACAAGGUUUUCACUGGGCACGAAAGUACCAAAACCAGUUCUCAUCAGAAACAUUCUUAUCACAGGGGUGGCCUAUACUUCGGAAUGUUUUCCUUGUAAACCCGGCACCUUCAAUGCAAAAGUUGGAUCCUCCCGUUGUAACGCAUGCCCAAGAAAUACUUACUCUCCAAGGGGAGCAACCUCAUGCCUAAAUUGUCAUGAAGAUCAAUAUUCAGAGCCUGGAUCAGGAACGUGCAAGCAACGUCAUCCGUGCUCAGAGAAGGACUAUUGUUUCACACAUACACCAUGUGAUGCUGAAGGAAAGACUCAAAUUAUGUACAAAUGGAUUGAGCCCAAACUGUGCAGUGAAAAUAUGAAUGGAGCAGUGAGACUUCCUGCUUCGGGAGCCAAGACAUGCAAGCCUUGUAACCCGGGUUUUGUCCAAGUUAAUUCUACUGGCUGUCAGCCUUGUCCAUUUGGCUUUUACUCGGAUGGAUCUGAUGUGUGUACUCAGUGUGCUGUUGGAACUGAACCAGUCCUGGGCUUUGAAUACAAGUGGUGGAACUCUUUGCCAAAAAAUAUGAACAGUUCCUGUUUCAGUGGGAUAGAUCAAGACUGUGGAGGAAUGAGUGGAUGGGAGGUGGCUGGAGACCAUGUACAAAGUACAGUGGCAGGUGCUGACAAUAAUUACUUAGUGCUGACAAUGACUGUUCUUGGAUUUAGGCCACUGCAGUCAGUCGUAGUGAAUGAAGACAACCCAGAAGUUGCUCGCAUCACAUUCAUCUUUGAGACAGUGUGCAGUGCAGACUGCGAAUUACAUUUCCUGGUGGGGUCCACAGCAGAAAGUACAAGGUCAGUGGAAAUCUGGAACGGCUCAAGAGAAAAACAGUCCUACACAUAUAUUAUUGAAAGAAGCAUGCCGCUUGCUUUUGUCUGGACAUUCCAACGCACUACUUCAUUUGAAGAGAGCCGAAAAUAUUCAUCUGAUGUGGCCAAAAUCUACUCCAUCAAUGUGACCAAUGUAAUUGGAGGUGUUGCAUCAUACUGUGGACCAUGCGCCCUUGAGUCAACCGCCUCAGGAUCUUUAUGUGUGACGUGCACUUCAGGACAGUAUAUUGACAAGGAAAUCAACAAAUGUCUGGCAUGCCCACCAAACACACACCUCAAAGCCCAUCAUUACGUUGGAAAGGAGUCUUGUAUCCCAUGUGGACCUGGUACUCAAAGUAAUUUGAACCACACUCUGUGUUACAAUGACUGCAGAUUUGUGUAUCGAGAAGGGCGUAAGUCUUGGGAGUACGACUUCAACAAACUCAGCCACACCACCAGCUUUACAAGUGAACCCCACUUUACUCCAAAAGGAGCACGGUUCUUUCACCAUUUCAAUAUUAGCUUGUGUGGGAAUCAGGGAAGGAAAUUGGCCUCUUGUGUGGAUAAUGUAACAGUCGAUGACAUCUUUGAGGAUGAAGGCAUUGCCAAAUCUGUCACAUCUUAUAUCUGCCAGUCUACACUUGUUCCAUCUGAUCUGAUGGGACUUAGAACCAUUAUGUCAUCCCAUCCCAUCAAUCUGGCUGAUCAUUUGAUAGGAGUAACUACUCAAACAGAGUUUGAUAAUAUUACAGCUGCAGCUGAUCUCUUUCCAAGGAAAAAACACGAAGCAUUGCCUGAUAUUAUCUUUUUUUACAGAUCUACUGAAUCAACACAGACUUGUAAAAAUGGGAGAGCAUCCACAGUAAGACUGAGAUGCAACCCUGGAAGUGUCGGUUCAGGAACCAUUUCUGUGCCAAAAAAGUGCCAAGAAGGAACGUGUGAUGGUUGUACCUUUCACUUCCUGUGGGAAACAGCAGAGGCCUGUCCUCUUUGUUCAAAGAGUGAUUAUCACGAGAUAGUGGGAGCAUGCAUUAAUGGAAUUCAGAAAAUUGAUUAUGUGUGGAGGAAGCCAAAACUGUGCAAAGGAGAUGUUGUAUUGCCAGAGCAAAUAGUGACAACAUGCAAGUCAUUAGACUUCUUCUUGAAAAUUGGAAUAAUCACAGGGACAAUUACUGCUUGCUUAUUAAUUGCUACAACAUGUUAUUUCUACAAGAAAAAUCGGAAGUUAGAGUACAAAUAUUCCAAACUGAUGAUGAAUGCCAACGCUAAGGAUGGUGAAUUGCCAGCAGUCGAUAGCUGUGCCAUAAUGGAAGGUGAAGACAUGGAAGAUGAUCUGAUUUUCAUGAACAAGAAAUCUCUGUUUGGGAAGAUAAAGUCAAUUGCUGUUAAGAGAACACCAGAUGGUUUUGAUUGUGUUCCACUGAAAUCUUCCUCAGGAUCAGCAGUCAUGGAAAUGUAACAUGAGCUCUCACAUGCUCUGCUUUGUUGACACAUACACACUAAAGUGGCCUUCAUUGAGAUACGUUUGAACUAAGAAUACUUUGUUUAAAAAAAAGUUAUCAUUAGAAAGUUAAAUAUAAAUGAAGAUCCUUUUGUAUAAAUGGUAUAAACAUUGAUUCAUGAUGGCCUUACUACUGUAUCAUUUAUGUACUACAAAAAUUUUAAAAAGAUUAAUUUAUGUUCAAAUCUUUAAAGUGACUGGAGAUUAAUGACAAUCAAAAUUACUCAUUCUGGGACAACUUAUCAAUUUUUGUAUACCCCAGAAUUGUGAAUUAAGUUGUUAAAUAAUGAAACUAAAAGACUUGUCAAAUACUUCAAGACAUCACCAGCUCAUGUUAAAAAUACAGCUUUGAAAUGGAAACAACACAUGGGUCAAAUACCAAUUGGGUAGUUGCUGGGAGUUAUUUCUCUUUCUUAGUCCUUAGCCCAUCUUCUUAAGAGAGCCACCUACAUAAGCCAAUGCAUCGCUUCUAAAUUGCAUGUCUUCUGUGUCAAUUACCAAACCACAUUUCAUUUGAAACGAAGCCUGAAAAUCACCAUGGAAGCUGUACUCUGACUUAAAACCAACAAUAUCCAAGCAGACUAGUUGCUUUUCUCCUAAUAUAUUUCACAUGAAUAUCAGCAGUAAUCAUUUUGAUGAAGCAACUGGCUGUUUAACUAAUAUUAAGUUAAUGUUUACUGCUGAAUAGUUCAUAUUUAAUCAUAAGAUAAAAGACUUCUAGUUCUCGGACAAUCUUCUUGCUGUCAGGAAAAUGGUGCUAUUUCAUAAAGGAAGCCAAUUUAAAUUCUUUCCAUAUACUCUGCAUCACUGCUAAACAUUCUGCAGGAAUGCAGUGGUACAGAGCAAAUCUUAGCAACAUUAAUAUAAUGGCUACAAAUUUAUAUAGCACCUUUAGCAUAAUGAAAUAGCCUCAAGGUUCUUCACAGGAGUGAUUCAGACAAAAUUUGACUGAACUACAUGUGGCCAAAAGCUUUAUCAAUGAGGUAAUUUUUAAGGAGUGUCUCCUUAAAGGAGAAGCAGCAAUAUUUGGGGCUUAGGGCUGAGAUGAUUGAAAGCAUAGCCACCAAACAGAAACCUUCCAAAACAAAAUCUGAAGUAGCUUUAUGAUGUACUUGCAGGAAGCAGGGUUGCAACUUAUAACAGAGCAAAAAUCUUGCCACUCAGCAGUGCAGUUCUCCCCAUUCCACUAUUUGCAUACAAAUAAAUGAAUUGCUUUUAUUUAAAUAAAGGAACCCAAUUAGGAUGCACUAUCUGAAUGAAGGCUGCACUGAACAAUAGUUCCAUGUAACAGCUUCAUUCAACAUGCUCUAGUACACUGAAAGGAGUAAUUUUAGCCUCACCCUCAAGAAGUAUUUAGAUGAAAUUUGGGGAGAUAUUGUCCAUGAUUUGCUGCCCAAUUUAAAACAAUUUUGUUUAGGACAUUAACAUUGCACUACAUCCUUUUCCUUUCCAUAUUUUCCUUUCACAUUCCAAUAAUAUUUGACUCUAUAACUCAUGUUUUUGAGCACAAUGCACGCAAAACAGAUUGUUAUAAAAGCCUUAAACUGCAGUCAUGAUGAUCCUACUUUGAUGGUGAUUCACUUAAAGGCAUAUUUAUCUCAAAGAGUUUUUUUUGGUUCUAUACAUGUGCUAUUUUUCUGUAUGGAAAUGCUUUGCACAUGAGAGUUGAUUAUAAAGCAAAAUUUAUCCUAAAUCCAGGAGUUUUUAAUCAGUUUCUAAAAUUGCUGGAAGGAAAUUUAUAAGUUAUUAGUUUGCUCAUCACCUGAUGUAAUGCUUUGGGCCUCCAGUUUUGAGCCCACUUGAAGUAGGUCAGCAUUAGCGUUCUGCUCCUGAAGGCAAUUAUGGUAAUCAGGGUGAGGUUGUGUUGAUUACUACAUGUUGGAUGCAAUUCAAUCUACCCUUAGCAUUACUGCAACAUGUAAAAAGAAGUUUUUAAAAGAAUAGUUUUUAAAAGUUCUUCAUUGCACUCCAGUUCUUUAUUGUACCCCAGAUGUAUUGUCUUAUUCUUGAUUGGAAGAGGCCUAAAUUUUGUUUUGGAUGUUGGGGGUUGCAAUUGAAGGGGUUGUGCAAGGGCAGAGGCAACAUCAAUUUAUCUUCACCUGCUGGGAUGAAUACCUGUUCUUAGCCAAAAGGAUAUCCAUUAGUGUAGCUGUCCAUGCUAUUAACAGUUGACUUAAACCAGUCCUUGCAUAAUUCUACUUCUAUUGCAUAGUAAAGCCUUCUAUUUGAUAAUCUCCAGAAAGACCCUAUUUAACUUCAACUGGGGAAACUUUUUGACUACUAAAUAAGGUCACUGUAUUCACACUUACUCUAAUCCUUAACCAGUUCAAAAUGUGUAAUUGAAUCAGAUCUUGGUAUUGUAAAAUUAUAAGUGUGUGCAAACUAUCAAUUUUAAUUUGAAUUAUUUCAGCAGAAAUGCUAAAGAUUAGCAAGUCACGCCAUGCUCAGUGUACCUUUUAUGAUGAAAUAUUACCUCUCCUUGGGAGAAAAGUAACCACUCCCUGUGAAUAAAUCAUGAAAACAUCCACCCUUUUGCUUGAGUUUGAAAUAUCAACAUAAUCAGCAGAUUUAUAAUUAUGUGAUCUACACAAAGAAUCUUCCCUUUGUUUAAACUCUUUACCUCGAUGCUGUUGAAAGGAUCGCAGGACUAAUCCAUCACUAUCCAAAACCAGUGCUUUAUUAUCAGAGGACCAAUCUCCAUCACUAUCAUAAACACCAAAUUAUUCCUCAGGUCAGAGUUUGUGAUAUCAAAAAAGAGUGUUCAAAUUGCACUUGCUUAACUUCUCAAUGUGUGUUUUAUUUCUGACCUCCUUUCUCUUAUUUGGAUAGUUUUCCCUCCGCUAGUUAUUGUCCUCUUACAACAUACCACGCUCAAGAGGACAGGAAGUUAGUCUUAUGACAGAUAUCUGCCUAGAUUUGGAAAUGUUCAAUAAAGGUAACUUAUCUUCAGACUUUCUUUCUCUCCUGUGGAACACUAUUUGCCCCACAACGACAUAACUGAAAUUAGGAACUUAAUCUCUGAUGAGCUUGAAGACAAAUAUGGAAGCUAGCAUUCUGUUUUUUUCCCAAUCAGUGCUUUGGAUAGUUUUUUUAUCUUUUAAAAUUUUAUAUUUUAUUAAGUCAGCAACUCUAUUAGUUUUCUGUAAUUAGAAAGAUCACUUGUUUCAGAUGAGUCUAGAACUGUGUUGGCAGGGUAAUCUGGGUGUACAUUUGGCAGUGGAGGCAAAUUUUUUUUUUAAGGUGGCUGAAUACCUCAAAAUGGCCUUGGCCAAAGGGAAAACAAAAGACAGAUAGUGAAUUUUCUGGCUAGCUCAAGUACACUUCUGAAACUUUUCCAACUGAAUUGCUUUCCUCAAGGGACAAACCAUCAAUAUGUUAUGACUGGAUCGCAAGUAGUAUUAUGUAAAAAUGGUGAAACUAAAAUUUAUCUUUAAACAACAAUGUAACCUUUCAUGGAUAUUUAAUUAUAUAAUUUUAUUAUGGGAUCACUUAAAAUGUGUCAGCAUAAUAAUAUAUAUUCAUUAUUUCGUCUUGGAGAUAUUUGCAGAAGAUUUUUAACAUAUUUUCAACGUGCUAGUGUCAACAUGCCUGGUCUGCAGUCAACUAGAGAUAUGAUUAGGUUGGAAAUAAUCUUAAGCAAGGAGCACUCAGUUGAUGACAUGUUUCCCACUAUGUAGAUGGAGGCAUAAAUCUGCUUAGGAUAAUCAUUCUAAGAUUCCCACAUACCAAGGACAUACAUGUUGGUAGGCUAAUUGGCCACUGUAAUUUGCCCCUAGUGUGUAGGUGAGUGGUAGAAUCUGGGGGGAGCUGACAGACAUGUGAGGAGAAUAAAAUAGGAUGAGUGUAAGUGGGUGCUUGAUGGAUGGUGCGGAUGCGGUGGAUCAAAGGAUCUUGUUCCAUGCUGCAUGACUCAAUGACUAAAAUUGUAGGCAAGUCAGUGUCAUUUGAAUAUAUUAAGCAUUCAUCUGCUAAAAUUGUAGAGAGAAUUUCCAACUUUCUAUAUUCUGAAAUGGUCUUAUUGUCUACAUUUUAUUCUAUAUUAUAUUGUGAAAUUGAACUAAUAAUGAAGAAAACUUUGUCGUGCUUCAUUUUAAAUAAAGUGCUUCAUUUUAACUAAAGUGCUUUAUUUUUAUCAUUCCAUUUCUAACUUACAAAUACAGAAAAAGAGGGCUUUGUCUUCGGUACCCUCCUGUUUUAAAUCAGCCUUCGGUCUUUUGUGCUGUUCACAGUCCCAUAAGGACUAUUUCCUGGGCAAUGCAGAGUACAGUGGGGGAAAAGUCACCAAACGUUUGUAAUCCAAACAUGGGUUUGUUUCAAGAAAAGAAAUACAUUGUGAUUUAGUAUCUCUUUUGAAGGAUUAGAGAGAGGGGAGGGGAACUGGAAUUGCUCGUACCCUGAGGGUUUACCUGAAGCAAUUCAGAUCAUAAAAACUAUGCUCUUUCAAGUAGAAAGAUAGUCUGACCUCUUCAAAAGUUUUCAAUUUUGGCAUACA